AUGGCGACCAGCACCAGAGAAGCUCGGCGACGUCGUAUAGUUGACAGGAGCUCCGAUCGGUUGGCUUUCAUCACCGGACAAAUCAAAACCCUACCGUCGUCUUCAUCCACUGAGCCCAUUCAUUCACAAAAUGCGUUUUCACCUCCCUCAAUCUCCAAUCAGUUUGAUAUAUCAACCGAUUCACCUGCUGAUGACAAUGAAUCUUCCUCUUUUAUGAAAAACCAUGACAAAAUUGAUAUGACCAGUGGUGGAACUGAAAAGCAAGCAGUUUUACCUGAAUCUGAGACAAGUGUUGAAACAAGAUCCCUCAAUAGAUUCUUCUCACCAAGUAAAAUAAACUCUGCUGUUGCAGCUUCAGAAACUGUUCGGCUUCUUUGUUCCAUAGUCAUUGCUAUUUUACCAAUUCUGUCAUCCUUUGGAUUCCCCAUACUAAGCAUAAUAGUUUUCAGACCACUUUAUCUUCUUCUUCUCACCAAUUUCACAAUUGUACUCGCACGACUUCUCCUAGAAAAUGACCGUGUUAGAUCGACAACGAGGAAUGUUGAAUAUGACCUGGUUGGACUGAUUGGUAAGACUCUGGAGCUUGGUUUAGUAUUUCAGAAUGUAAUGGGUGCGAUAUUAAUUGAUUGCAGCGUUUAUGCAACUUUAGUUGUAUGUGGAAUCUCCGUUGCACGAGCAAUGGGAAUGUAA